UCAACUUAUUUUAAAAUAAAAAAGUUUAAAUUAAUUAAAUAGAAGAAUAUAGGAAAAAAACUAAAAAAGGAAACAAAUAAAUUUUCCAAGUAAAGAAAUUUGCAACCCCCAAUUAAGAGAAUAUAGAAAAUUCGGACAAACUCAAAAGAGAUCCAAUUUAUUACUCCCCUCGCAAGCAAUGCAACGUUCCCCAACAAACAAUGCUGGAUGUUGUUAUGUUUUGGGAGAGUUCAAAUUAAGUUCAAAAAUAUUUGAGGGUUGUUUCUCUCUUGAAUAAACUGGAGCAGCAACACCAACAACAGCAACCACCUUUAACAUUUUUUGACAGUCAGAAUUGGUAACCGUUACUCCGUUACAAACAUACAUAUACACCAACCGAAAAGUGAAAACAAAAUAACAGUAAAAGGAAAAUCAUCCAUGAGGAAGAGAAAAUCUUGCAAAAUUUUCAAAACUAUCGAAACACUGAAAAUCUUUAAACAAAUUCAACGAAUUUCAAACGAAAACAUAUAAAAUUGGUCAUGUCGUUGGAGGAUCCUUUCUUUGUGGUCAAAGACGAGGUAUUCAAAGCUUUAAAUAAAACCCGUGGCCUCUAUCUACGUUGGCGUGAAUUGGGUGAAAAUUGCAACAGUGCGGAAGCUGAAUGGACCACAAAUGAGUUAAGGAAUUCAUUGCGUAGCAUUGAAUGGGAUUUGGAAGACUUGGAAGAUACAAUCAGCAUAGUCGAAAAGAACCCUAGUAAAUUUCGUAUCGAUAAUAGAGAAUUAUCCAGUCGCCGGCACUUUAUCGACAACACUCGCGAUGAAGUCAAACAGAUGAAAGAGAAGAUGAGCAUUAAUCGCUCUCGUGACAGGGAUAUAACAGCACAUCAACCAUUAUUACAGCAACAGCAGCAGCAGGAGCACGAGCACAAUAUUGAAAACGAUCGAAAUUCAACGAAUUAUAGCUAUCAUCAGAACAGUAAUAACAGCAGUGAUCGUGCCCAUCUGGUCGAUUGUCCUUCGUCGCAUUCCCUUUUGAACGGUGGCAGCAGUAGUGUUGGAGCCGUAGUAGCCGGUACAAUGGCAGCCGUACGACAUAGCGGAGCUAAAUACUCCAAAUUGGAGAAUACAAUAGAUAGUCCGGGUCAUUAUAAUUCAUUGGAUAGUCCAUCGCAUCGAUAUGUGGGUGAAACGGUGUCGGUGCAACAGCGUAUGAUGCAGGGUCAGGAUGAACAAUUGGAUAUGAUAAGUGAUUCGAUAGGAACUUUAAAGACUGUAUCACGUCAAAUAGGCGUUGAAUUGGAUGAACAGGCAGUAAUGCUUGAUGACUUUGGUAAUGAAUUUGAAACUACAGAAUCAAAAUUGGAUUCAACAAUGAAGAAAAUGGCAAAAGUUUUACAUAUGAAUAAUGAUAAACGGCAAUGGGCUGCAAUUUUAAUACUAUCAGCGCUUUUGUUAAUUGUGAUAAUUUUAUUUAUAAUUUUGUAAAUCCUUAACAGCAUUUUAUUUUAGUUUGUUUUUAAUUUGCCAAACUUAAAAAUCUUUUAAAGAAAUUCUAUUUUAAUGGACAACUCCUUUGGGUUCUUAGUUUGGAAAUAUUUUAUGUAUAAUUUUUACGAAACAUUUUAUUAGUUUAAACAACUAAAAAUUCAACCUUAACCGUACCGCAGCAAUAGUUUCUAAUAAAUGACAACAAAACCAAAUGAAAAGAAUGCAACAAAAAGUAAAUAAAUAUAUUUUUUAAGAUUAAUUUAUUAUUUAAGGGCAGAUUUUGAAAUAGAGCAAUGAAUUUACUUAGUUAGUUUUGGUUUGCUAUAAAAAAAGUAUAUUCAGAAUAAGAAAAAAAUUGAAAGAGUAAUCAAAUUCCAUCUUUUGGUUGGUUUCCUUAAUAGACAAAAAUCAACAACAUCAUGUACAAUGUAGCAAUUUAGGAAAAGACAAAAAUAAUUAACUAUGAAAAGUGGUGAUUGUUUCAAUAGAAAUUCCAUAAAAAGUAUAAUACCAAAUAACAAAAGUGCAUAAUUUGUUAUCUUUACUACCUUACUAAAUACAGACACACACUCACACCUAUAUCAAAAUGUCCCCAUCCCAAAGUUUUCAAAAUAUAAUACCUACAUUCAUAUUUAUAAACGGAACACACAGAGACACAAAGUAACUCCCCAAAAGAGAGAUGAACAGAAUCAACUUGAAACUAUUAUAACCAAAGUAUAUACAUUCACAUAUAUAUAUUUUGUUUGUUAAUUUGAUGAUGAUCGUCGUCUUACCACUUUAAACAAAUUUAAUCAAGGAAACAAAACUAAGCAGAUGAACUAGUAUAAAUAUUUAUAUAUUUAAGAAACGAAUGUAAGUUUAACAAGAAUAUAUAAAAUGACACAUAUAUUAUUAGAAUUGUGUAUAAACAACUAAUUUGGUUUGAAAAGAAAUAUACAUAUAUAAUAAAACCACAAAAGAAAAUAAAUAA